UUCCUAUGACCGCCGUCCGGGAAUCAAGCCUCUUCCUCUUGUCAUUAUAAUUAUUAAUUUAAAAAAUUUAUCCAUCACUUUACAGUUACGUGUUUCCUGAUAGAUAAAGCAUUCGUGAUAAUGGAUUUUCGAACGUUUGUCAUGAUUCUCAUGUGCGCUUCCGCCUUCGCCGAGCCCACUCCCAGCAAAUUGGCUCCUAAAAUAAAUGACUCGUCCAUUCUAGAGGAUGAACCCCCAGAAGGUUACUACGCAUUUAUCGAAUCGCCCAACGCUGAACCACCGAAAGUCCGACCUCCGCCCUACAUUGACAGCGACAAAGAAUGUCACGACACUGGAAACCAGGGGAAGGGUUUCGUAUCUGUUCACAAUGUUUGCGGCGACCUCAAUAAGGGCUACAUCCCGAGAAAUCCAAUGAAACACAAUAUUGGGGGAACUUCGUAUCCAUUUGAACUGAUAAAAAAUCACACUCUGAAAUUCCUGAGCAAAGCACUGCCCAUACUCAAGGCUGAUGACUCACUCCCGAAAGUCGCGAAGAUUCAGCCCUUCUCCCAGAAUUCAGUACACACCGACGAAAAACGAAGCAGAAGUAGACGAGCAGCGGAAUCGAAAGAAGACGAAGAGACUGACAGGAGUGGACGGAAAUACUGCGAAGAUGGUGGUGGAGUCCUCUGCAUGUUGUACAAGGCGAUUCAGGGAGAGCCCUUGGCAUCCUCAGCAGCGGAGCGCAGGGACGAGCCUGCUCCUCCGGAGUAUCGGCAAAGACCCCCAACCUCCGAGAAACCAGAAUACUCUGGACCACCGACUCCCUGCCCCGCCAAAGUGGAAUACGCCACUCCAGUCUUUGCCAAGAACUACCAGGGUACCUGGAGAUACGUCGUCCAGAUCCCUUACGAGGGCUACUUCACGCAAACGAUCGAGUUGACCAGGUGCAUGCAGGCCAGAUGCCACUACCUCGACGGAGGCUGCUUGUCCUCACCCAGGUGGACCAGCCUCCUCGUAGCAGAGAUCUUCUAUCCGGACACAUUUCUCGAGGAGAAUCCAGCUGGAAGAUUGCCAGGCCUGAGGGAGCCAGUGGCAGGAUCUCCACCUCCAGUGCAGGAUUACCAGAAUUUCCAGAUGUAUCUGCAGAAAAGAGCCGGUGAGAACGAGGGUCGUAGCACCAAUCAGCAACAUCACUGUGAUGGGGUCGACGAGAGAGGAUGUUUUCAGGUUCGCCUCUACUACGACUGGUUCCUGGUGCCAGGAAGCUGCAAGUGCUGGCGACCCGAUUACUUCAAUCGCUACGUUCGUCGCACCAGCAGCAGUCCGGAGUUAUAAGGACCUUCUGAAUAAUCCUAAAAAAUGGUAAUGGGCGGAUUAACGAUAGUACUGAUUCGAGGAAGGACCCCUGCUCUCAUUGCGAUCCUGAAUUCAUCGUGUCAAUAAUCGCUCCUUAAUUGUGUUACAAUUACAAAAAUGACUGACGUUUGUAGGAGAUUCUAGUAGAUGAUAAUUUUAAAUCGAUGACACUUGAAAUGUCAAACCCUUCGUUCACACUAUUCACUGUAGAAUGAUACUCCGAUUUUUCAUCAUUAUUUAUUUAUACUUAUGUGAAAAACCUCAUCGAAGAAUUUACCUGCUGGAAUUUAACUUGAAAAUUCAUGUCAAUGGCCCUUGGGGUACUCCAAAAAGGAACUUAAUGGCGAAAAUAACUAAUACUUGUCGUUGAAAGACCCUGAUGACCUGCCACGACUGUCCAAAAGCUCGUGAAAAAAUUAGUUCUCCGAAAAAUCCACACGAAAAUAUUUUCCCAAGUGCAAGAAAUUUAUUCAGAGGGGAUAAUUAAGGCCGAUGGACAAUCAAGUCUUUCCCAAUUAAAUUUUUCUGCAGGACUUAUUUUUUCUACCAGUGUCCGGUGAUUUUACUUGUCUUCGCUAUUACCCCCUGCAAUUACAGAUCUGCGCAAUGACAGAUCCUCAGAUAAAUAGCAGGCCAUCACCAUGUUCAUCAUUCUCACGAACAACAUGCAUUAACUCGUUUAAAUAUACAGAACUCAUAAACUCAAAAUGUCUAA